AUGGACGUGGACGUGGACGUGGACGUGGACGUGGACGUGGACGUGGACGUGGACGUGGACGUGGACGUGGACGUGGACGUGGACGUGGACGUGGACGUGGACGUGGACGUGGACGUGGACGUGGACGUGGACGUGGACGUGGACGUGGACGUGGACGUGGACGUGGACGUGGACGUGGACGUGGACGUGGACGUGGACGUGGACGUGGACGUGGACGUGGACGUGGACGUGGACGUGGACGUGGACGUGGACGUGGACGUGGACGUGGACGUGGACGUGGACGUGGACGUGGACGUGGACGUGGACGUGGACGUGGACGUGGACGUGGACGUGGACGUGGACGUGGACGUGGACGUGGACGUGGACGUGGACGUGGACAUGGACGUGGACGUGGACGUGGACGUGGACGUGGACGUGGACGUGGACGUGGACGUGGACGUGGACGUGGACGUGGACGUGGACGUGGACGUGGACGUGGACGUGGACGUGGACGUGGACGUGGACGUGGACGUGGACGUGGACGUGGACGUGGACGUGGACGUGGACGUGGACGUGGACGUGGACGUGGACGUGGACGUGGACGUGGACGUGGACGUGGACGUGGACGUGGACGUGGACGUGGACGUGGACGUGGACGUGGACGUGGACGGACGUGGACGUGGACGUGGACGUGGACGUGGACGUGGACGUGGACGUGGACGUGGACGUGGACGUGGACGUGGACGUGGACGUGGACGUGGACGUGGACGUGGACGUGGACGUGGAGGACGUGGACGUGGACGUGGACGUGGACGUGGACGUGGACGUGGACGUGGACGUGGACGUGGACGUGGACGUGGACGUGGACGUGGACGUGGACGUGGACGGACGUGGACGUGGACGUGGACGUGGACGUGGACGUGGACGUGGACGUGGACGUGGACGUGGACGUGGACGUGGACGUGGACGUGGACGUGGACGUGGACGUGGACGUGGACGUGGACGUGGACGUGGACGUGGACGUGGACGUGGACGUGGACGUGGACGUGGACGUGGACGUGGACGUGGACGUGGACGUGGACGUGGACGUGGACGUGGACGUGGACGUGGACGUGGACGUGGACGUGGACGUGGACGUGGAGGACGUGGACGUGGACGACGUGGACGUGGACGUGGACGUGGACGUGGACGUGGACGUGGACGUGGACGUGGACGUGGACGUGGACGUGGACGUGGACGUGGACGUGGACGUGGACGUGGACGUGGACGUGGACGUGGACGUGGACGUGGACGUGGACGUGGACGUGGACGUGGACGUGGACGUGGACGUGGACGUGGACGUGGACGUGGACGUGGACGUGGACGUGGACGUGGACGUGGACGUGGACGUGGACGUGGACGUGGACGUGGACGUGGACGUGGACGUGGACGUGGACGUGGACGUGGACGUGGACGUGGACGUGGACGUGGACGUGGACGUGGACGUGGACGUGGACGUGGACGUGGACGUGGACGUGGACGUGGACGUGGACGUGGACGUGGACGUGGACGUGGACGUGGACGUGGACGUGGACGUGGACGUGGACGUGGACGUGGACGUGGACGUGGACGUGGACGUGGACGUGGACGUGGACGUGGACGUGGACGUGGACGUGGACGUGGACGUGGACGUGGACGUGGACGUGGACGUGGACGUGGACGUGGACGGACGUGGACGUGGACGUGGACGUGGACGUGGACGUGGACGUGGACGUGGACGUGGACGUGGACGUGGACGUGGACGUGGACGUGGACGUGGACGUGGACGUGGACGUGGACGUGGACGUGGACGUGGACGUGGACGUGGACGUGGACGUGGACGUGGACGUGGACGUGGACGUGGACGUGGACGUGGACGUGGACGUGGACGUGGACGUGGACGUGGACGUGGACGUGGACGUGGACGUGGACGUGGACGUGGACGUGGACGUGGACGUGGACGUGGACGUGUGGACGUGGACGUGGACGUGGACGUGGACGUGGACGUGGACGUGGACGUGGACGUGGACGUGGACGUGGACGUGGACGUGGACGUGGACGUGGACGUGGACGUGGACGUGGACGUGGACGUGGACGUGGACGUGGACGUGGACGUGGACGUGGACGUGGACGUGGACGUGGACGUGGACGUGGACGUGGACGUGGACGUGGACGUGGACGUGGACGUGGACGUGGACGUGGACGUGGACGUGGACGUGGACGUGGACGUGGACGUGGACGUGGACGUGGACGUGGACGUGGACGUGGACGUGGACGUGGACGUGGACGUGGACGUGGGCGUGGACGUGGACGUGGACGUGGACGUGGACGUGGACGUGGACGUGGACGUGGACGUGGACGUGGACGUGGACGUGGACGUGGACGUGGACGUGGACGUGGACGGACGUGGACGUGGACGUGGACGUGGACGUGGACGUGGACGUGGACAUGGACGUGGACGUGGACGUGGACGUGGACGUGGACGUGGACGUGGACGUGGACGUGGACGUGGACGUGGACGUGGACGUGGACGUGGACGUGGACGUGGACGUGGACGUGGACGUGGACGUGGACGUGGACGUGGACGUGGACGUGGACGUGGACGUGGACGUGGACGUGGACGUGGACGUGGACGUGGACGUGGACGUGGACGUGGACGUGGACGUGGACGUGGACGUGGACGUGGACGUGGACGUGGACGUGGACGUGGACGUGGACGUGGACGUGGACGUGGACGUGGACGUGGACGGACGUGGACGUGGACGUGGACGUGGACGUGGACGUGGACGUGGACGUGGACGUGGACGUGGACGUGGACGUGGACGUGGACGUGGACGUGGACGUGGACGUGGACGUGGACGUGGACGUGGACGUGGACGUGGACGUGGACGUGGACGUGGACGUGGACGUGGACGUGGACGUGGACGUGGACGUGGACGUGGACGUGGACGUGGACGUGGACGUGGACGUGGACGUGGACGUGGACGUGGACGUGGACGUGGACGUGGACGUGGACGUGGACGUGGACGUGGACGUGGACGUGGACGUGGACGUGGACGUGGACGUGGACGUGGACGUGGACGUGGACGUGGACGUGGACGUGGACGUGGACGUGGACGUGGACGUGGACGUGGACGUGGACGUGGACGUGGACGUGGACGUGGACGUGGACGUGGACGUGGACGUGGACGUGGACGUGGACGUGGACGUGGACGUGGACGUGGACGUGGACGUGGACGUGGACGUGGACGUGGACGUGGACGUGGACGUGGACGUGGACGUGGACGUGGACGUGGACGUGGACGUGGACGUGGACGUGGACGUGGACGUGGACGUGUGGACGUGGACGUGGACGUGGACGUGGACGUGGACGUGGACGUGGACGUGGACGUGGACGUGGACGUGGACGUGGACGUGGACGUGGACGUGGACGUGGACGUGGACGUGGACGUGGACGUGGACGUGGACGUGGACGUGGACGUGGACGUGGACGUGGACGUGGACGUGGACGUGGACGUGGACGUGGACGUGGACGUGGACGUGGACGUGGACGUGGACGUGGACGUGGACGUGGACGUGGACGUGGACGUGGACGUGGACGUGGACGUGGACGUGGACGUGGACGUGGACGUGGACGUGGACGUGGACGUGGACGUGGACGUGGACGUGGACGUGGACGUGGACGUGGACGUGGACGUGGACGUGACGUGGACGUGGACGUGGACGUGGACGUGGACGUGGACGUGGACGUGGACGUGGACGUGGACGUGGACGUGGACGUGGACGUGGACGUGGACGUGGACGUGGACGUGGACGUGGACGUGGACGUGGACGUGGACGUGGACGUGGACGUGGACGUGGACGUGGACGUGGACGUGGACGUGGACGUGGACGUGGACGUGGACGUGGACGUGGACGUGGACGUGGACGUGGACGUGGACGUGGACGUGGACGUGGACGUGGACGUGGACGUGGACGUGGACGUGGACGUGGACGUGGACGUGGACGUGGACGUGGACGUGGACGUGGACGUGGACGUGGACGUGGACGUGGACGUGGACGUGGACGUGGACGUGGACGUGGACGUGGACGUGGACGUGGACGUGGACGUGGACGUGGACGUGGACGUGGACGUGGACGUGGACGUGGACGUGGACGUGGACGUGGACGUGGACGUGGACGUGGACGUGGACGUGGACGUGGACGUGGACGUGGACGUGGACGUGGACGUGGACGUGGACGUGGACGUGGACGUGGACGUGGACGUGGACGUGGACGUGGACGUGGACGUGGACGUGGACGUGGACGUGGACGUGGACGUGGACGUGGACGUGGACGUGGACGUGGACGUGGACGUGGACGUGGACGUGGACGUGGACGGACGUGGACGUGGACGUGGACGUGGACGUGGACGUGGACGUGGACGUGGACGUGGACGUGGACGUGGACGUGGACGUGGACGUGGACGUGGACGUGGACGUGGACGUGGACGUGGACGUGGACGUGGACGUGGACGUGGACGUGGACGUGGACGUGGACGUGGACGUGGACGUGGACGUGGACGUGGACGUGGACGUGGACGUGGACGUGGACGUGGACGUGGACGUGGACGUGGACGUGGACGUGGACGUGGACGUGGACGUGGACGUGGACGUGGACGUGGACGUGGACGUGGACGUGGACGUGGACGUGGACGUGGACGUGGACGUGGACGUGGACGUGGACGUGGACGUGGACGUGGACGUGGACGUGGACGUGGACGUGGACGUGGACGUGGACGUGGACGUGGACGUGGACGUGGACGUGGACGUGGACGUGGACGUGGACGUGGACGUGGACGUGGACGUGGACGUGGACGUGGACGUGGACGUGGACGUGGACGUGGACGUGGACGUGGACGUGGACGUGGACGUGGACGUGGACGUGGACGUGGACGUGGACGUGGACGUGGACGUGGACGUGGACGUGGACGUGGACGUGGACGUGGACGUGGACGUGGACGUGGACGUGGACGUGGACGUGGACGUGGACGUGGACGUGGACGUGGACGUGGACGUGGACGUGGACGUGGACGUGGACGUGGACGUGGACGUGGACGUGGACGUGGACGUGGACGUGGACGUGGACGUGGACGUGGACGUGGACGUGGACGUGGACGUGGACGUGGACGUGGACGUGGACGUGGACGUGGACGUGGACGUGGACGUGGACGUGGACGUGGACGUGGACGUGGACGUGGACGUGGACGUGGACGUGGACGUGGACGUGGACGUGGACGUGGACGUGGACGUGGACGUGGACGUGGACGUGGACGUGGACGUGGACGUGGACGUGGACGUGGACGUGGACGUGGACGUGGACGUGGACGUGGACGUGGACGUGGACGUGGACGUGGACGUGGGGACGUGGACGUGGACGUGGACGUGGACGUGGACGUGGACGUGGACGUGGACGUGGACGUGGACGUGGACGUGGACGUGGACGUGGACGUGGACGUGGACGUGGACGUGGACGUGGACGUGGACGUGGACGUGGACGUGGACGUGGACGUGGACGUGGACGUGGACGUGGACGUGGACGUGGACGUGGACGUGGACGUGGACGUGGACGUGGACGUGGACGUGGACGUGGACGUGGACGUGGACGUGGACGUGGACGUGGACGUGGACGUGGACGUGGACGUGGACGUGGACGUGGACGUGGACGUGGACGUGGACGUGGACGUGGACGUGGACGUGGACGUGGACGUGGACGUGGACGUGGACGUGGACGUGGACGUGGACGUGGACGUGGACGUGGACGUGGACGUGGACGUGGACGUGGACGUGGACGUGGACGUGGACGUGGACGUGGACGUGGACGUGGACGUGGACGUGGACGUGGACGUGGACGUGGACGUGGACGUGGACGUGGACGUGGACGUGGACGUGGACGUGGACGUGGACGUGGACGUGGACAUGGACGUGGACGUGGACGUGGACGUGGACGUGGACGUGGACGUGGACGUGGACGUGGACGUGGACGUGGACGUGGACGUGGACGUGGACGUGGACGUGGACGUGGACGUGGACGUGGACGUGGACGUGGACGUGGACGUGGACGUGGACGUGGACGUGGACGUGGACGUGGACGUGGACGUGGACGUGGACGUGGACGUGGACGUGGACGUGGACGUGGACGUGGACGUGGACGUGGACGUGGACGUGGACGUGGACGUGGACGUGGAGGACGUGGACGUGGACGUGGACGUGGACGUGGACGUGGACGUGGACGUGGACGUGGACGUGGACGUGGACGUGGACGUGGACGUGGACGUGGACGUGGACGUGGACGUGGACGUGGACGUGGACGUGGACGUGGACGUGGACGUGGACGUGGACGUGGACGUGGACGUGGACGUGGACGUGGACGUGGACGUGGACGUGGACGUGGACGUGGACGUGGACGUGGACGUGGACGUGGACGUGGACGUGGACGUGGACGUGGACGUGGACGUGGACGUGGACGUGGACGUGGACGUGGACGUGGACGUGGACGUGGACGUGGACGUGGACGUGGACGUGGACGUGGACGUGGACGUGGACGUGGACGUGGACGUGGACGUGGACGUGGACGUGGACGUGGACGUGGACGUGGACGUGGACGUGGACGUGGACGUGGACGUGGACGUGGACGUGGACGUGGACGUGGACGUGGACGUGGACGUGGACGUGGACGUGGACGUGGACGUGGACGUGGACGUGGACGUGGACGUGGACGUGGACGUGGACGUGGACGUGGACGUGGACGUGGACGUGGACGUGGACGUGGACGUGGACGUGGACGUGGACGUGGACGUGGACGUGGACGUGGACGUGGACGUGGACGUGGACGUGGACGUGGACGUGGACGUGGACGUGGACGUGGACGUGGACGUGGACGUGGACGUGGACGUGGACGUGGACGUGGACGUGGACGUGGACGUGGACGUGGACGUGGACGUGGACGUGGACGUGGACGUGGACGUGGACGUGGACGUGGACGUGGACGUGGACGUGGACGUGGACGUGGACGUGGACGUGGACGUGGACGUGGACGUGGACGUGGACGUGGACGUGGACGUGGACGUGGACGUGGACGUGGACGUGGACGUGGACGUGGACGUGGACGUGGACGUGGACGUGGACGUGGACGUGGACGUGGACGUGGACGUGGACGUGGACGUGGACGUGGACGUGGACGUGGACGUGGACGUGGACGUGGACGUGGACGUGGACGUGGACGUGGACGUGGACGUGGACGUGGACGUGGACGUGGACGUGGACGUGGACGUGGACGUGGACGUGGACGUGGACGUGGACGUGGACGUGGACGUGGACGUGGACGUGGACGUGGACGUGGACGUGGACGUGGACGUGGACGUGGACGUGGACGUGGACGUGGACGUGGACGUGGACGUGGACGUGGACGUGGACGUGGACGUGGACGUGGACGUGGACGUGGACGUGGACGUGGACGUGGACGUGGACGUGGACGUGGACGUGGACGUGGACGUGGACGUGGACGUGGACGUGGACGUGGACGUGGACGUGGACGUGGACGUGGACGUGGACGUGGACGUGGACGUGGACGUGGACGUGGACGUGGACGUGGACGUGGACGUGGACGUGGACGUGGACGUGGACGUGGACGUGGACGUGGACGUGGACGUGGACGUGGACGUGGACGUGGACGUGGACGUGGACGUGGACGUGGACGUGGACGUGGACGUGGACGUGGACGUGGACGUGGACGUGGACGUGGACGUGGACGUGGACGUGGACGUGGACGUGGACGUGGACGUGGACGUGGACGUGGACGUGGACGUGGACGUGGACGUGGACGUGGACGUGGACGUGGACGUGGACGUGGACGUGGACGUGGACGUGGACGUGGACGUGGACGUGGACGUGGACGUGGACGUGGACGUGGACGUGGACGUGGACGUGGACGUGGACGUGGACGUGGACGUGGACGUGGACGUGGACGUGGACGUGGACGUGGACGUGGACGUGGACGUGGACGUGGACGUGGACGUGGACGUGGACGUGGACGUGGACGUGGACGUGGACGUGGACGUGA